UGCACAGAUGUUUUCUCCUCAUGACUGCUUUGAGAUGUUUUCAAGAAGAUUCAGCGCUAUGAGGUGUCACUAGGAAUGGUUAUUAGCAGUUCUUCAUGUUGGUCCUCUCUUCUGAUUCGAACAAAAGGAAGGCAACUUUGAACACUGGGUUUGAUUCAGAACAGCUUGAAGUUCAGAUUCUGGGUUGGAGGUCUGCAGGUCCAGUUUCAGCUUUUUAGACCUAAAGUCUUCUGAACUGGGAUGGAGAACCCAGAGGACGCUGGGGUGUUCCUCCACACUUUCAGGACUUUGCCGUGCAUGAGGCUGAGCGGAGAUGAGAGAGUGGAGCUGGAGCAGGCGGGUCAGGGUGAAACCGAGCAGGAGCAGAUGGAGAACAACGGAGGUCCUGCAAAGCUGGCCUCCAUCGAGUUCCGCAUUCAGCAGCUGCACAACAGGCAGUUCCUGCUGCUGAAGAUAAAACGCUGCACAAAGAAGGAUGAACAGCACAGUGGAGGAAGCUCAGAGGAACUGGUCACUGAAGAUGAUGGUGAUGGUGAUGAUGAGCUGAUGGCCAUUCAGAAAGAGCUGGAGGAGCUGCAGGUGAAGAAGGAGGAGCUGGAGAAAGCAGGAGUGAGCUCUAAUGGAGAUCAACAGCAGCAGCGGCCGUCUUACAAAGAGACGCCCCGUGGAGGGAUCUACAUGCUGCCUCCUCCUCAGUCCUCUGAGCAGGUUACCGCUGCAGCUCAGGGACCCAUCCUUCCAGUGGAGAAGUUGGGUGGGACAUCAGGAGUCACAAUGUGUCCAUCCUGCAAAGAAGUGGUUGUCACGGAAACCCACAGCACCAGAAGUGACACCAUGUGGAUCCUGUGCUUUCUGUGCUGCGUCAUCGGCUGCGUGGCUGGCUGCUGCUUGGUCCCCUUCUACAUGAAGCGCUUCAGGAACGUCCACCACCAUUGCCCCCGGUGUCAGGCCAAGAUUUACACCCAUCAGCUGCUGUGACUGCCAGAACUCUGCUACAGAAAGUUUUCACACCCUGGAACUUUUUUACAUUUUGUCACAUUACAACCAGACCUUCUAAUGUUUGUUACUAGAUUAUUAGGCAGUAGAAUAACACAAAUAUAAGGCAACAUGGCUUCUUGCCCAGGGCGCCAUUCUGGUAGGGCGGCACAAGCAGUCGAAAAAUUUUACCUGUUAGCUGCACCUUGCCUGACUUUUCUACUGCUUGUUUGCCUCGGUGGGGAGUAGGUGUCCUCUGUGUUGUUCAGUGUAAGUAAACCUGUAAGAAAAUGUGGCCGUUGUUCUGGCUGGACAACGAUACUGAAGAAGGUUCUGGAUUCACAGCUACGGACCUGGCAAGGCCUUAAAGGAUUAUUUCCCCAAUUUUGAAACAGUCUUCAUAAUGCUGGUUGUUCUCUAAAGAACCUCUGAGGCCAGAAAAUGAACAUCUGCAGUUAGAAUCAGAUUAAAUCAAACACAGCUGGACUCUAUUUAGUAAUCAGGUGACUUUAUUUAAGAGUAGCAGAGAAAGGGGCGACAAAUACAAAUCCAAGCUACAGUUUUUAGAUUUUUGUCUUGUUUUGCUUUCACUUUGCUCUACAUUGUGUUGGUCUAUCAUAUAAAAUCCCAAUGAAGUAAUAAUGUGACAAAAUGUGGAAUGAAUAUUUUUUACAAGGUGUUGUAUUUAUUUGGAGGUGCAGUCUUAGGUGGACUGGACUGUGCAGCAGCCAGUCCAUGUAAGGAGCAGAACCUCUCCUCCUGAUGGACCAGCUCAGAUGUACAUAUGUGGAGAUAUUUUCAGCUGCCGUAAAUACAUGCUCUUUGAGAAAGUAAAUUCAGUCAGUAAUUUUCUACCACUUCUUCCAUAGUGGGUCACAGGGAAGCUGGUACCUAUCUCCAGCAGUCUAUGGGCGAGAGGCGGGGUCACCCUGGACAGGUUGCCAGUCGGUCGCAGGCAA